AUGGCGAGCAGGAAAAAGGCUCGCGAUGACGAGUUUGUCCUUACUUUAUCCGACGAGGAAACACCCUAUUUGAACGGCGAUGACCUCGAGGAAGAAGACGGUAAUGAGACACUCGGAAACUCGCAAAGCGCCAAAUCGGCCCAAUCGACGUCGAAACCGUCGUCUAAAAAGCGAAGGCGGGAGGAAAGCGACACUGUUGCGCAGAACAAGAAGUUGAAAAAGCAAGAGCAAGCAAAAGGGAGGGGGAAGAAGGCCCUGCUCAACGGAGAGGAUGUGGAAGAAAGCGAAAAGGGGGAAGAAGUGCAAGAGGAGGAGGAGGAUGGAAUACUAGAUCCCGAUUUCGAAUUCGAUAUUGGCGGUGCCGCGAAUGCUGGGGACCUCGAGGAAUUUGACGGCUGGGGUGCGGACGACCGAGGCAAGCAAAACAACGCAGAUGGCGUUAAAAAGGGUGUGGACUUGGAUGUGAUCUUGUUCAGAAGGAGACAGAAAAGACUGGAGGCGCAAAAGAAGCAGACGGACAAGGCUGCAGGGUCGGAUUCGGAUGAUUCCUUCCAGGGGCUGAGUGACCACGAUGAUGAGGGCGGAGACAAAAACGGGGAGCUACCCAAUUUCGAAGAUGAUGAGCUUUUGGCGGCCGACGCUUUUGGAAUGGGUGCGGCAAGUGAUUCGGAAGACGGGGAUGCAGCAAUCGCAGGGCAAGACUCAGAGGACGACUCAAUGCCCGAUGCGGACGAGGAUGAGGACAAUUCCGGUGCUGAUGAUGACGAAGACGACGACAACGACAGUGUAGCGUCACCCGUUCCUCAUCCGGAAGAUUUGCGAUCUGACGAAAGCUCAGAGAGCGAGGCGGAAGAUGCUGAAGAGGUCGCAAAACGAAAUGCUUUCUUCGCCCCCGAGGAGAACACUACCGAUCCCGAAGGGUCUUCAUCGAGCUCUACAUUCCAGAAUUUCAAUCUCUCCCGCCCAAUCCUCCGCGGUCUGGCCGCUGUGGGCUUCUCCGCACCCACUCCCAUUCAACGAAAAGCUAUCCCUGUUGGACUCCUUGGUAAAGACCUGGUUGGCGGUGCGGUAACUGGUUCCGGAAAGACUGCUGCUUUUAUAAUCCCCAUCCUCGAGAGACUGCUCUACCGGCCCCGGAAAGUCCCCACGAGCCGCGUUGUUAUUCUAAUGCCUACCAGAGAACUUGCCGUUCAGUGCUACAACGUCGCGACAAAACUAGCUACGUACACUGACAUCACGUUCUGUCAACUUGUGGGUGGGUUCAGCUUAAGGGAACAAGAGAAUGUGUUGAAGCAACGGCCGGAUGUCAUCAUCGCGACUCCCGGCCGGUUUAUUGACCAUAUGAGAAAUUCCGCCAGUUUUACUGUGGAUACCCUUGAGAUUUUGGUUCUAGAUGAAGCGGAUCGAAUGCUCGAAGAUGGUUUCGCCGAUGAACUGAACGAGAUUCUUACCACCAUUCCAAAAUCCAGGCAAACGAUGCUUUUCUCUGCUACGAUGACCGAUUCUGUUGACAAACUGAUUCGUGUCGGCCUCAAUAGACCCGUUCGACUGAUGGUUGAUGCGAAAAAGCAAACUGUUGGGACGCUGGUUCAGGAGUUUGUAAGGUUACGACCAGGGAGGGAAGGGAAACGAAUGGGAUAUCUUGUCCUGCUUUGCCAGACGGUCUAUACGAAUCGCGUGAUUGUAUUUUUCCGCCAGAAAAAGGAGGCUCAUCGUGCCCGGAUUGUAUUUGGGCUUCUGGGGCUAAAAGCAGCAGAGUUGCACGGCAGUAUGAGCCAGGAGCAGCGGAUUCACGCUGUUGAAGCUUUUCGGGAUGGUAAAGUCCCGUUUCUGCUCGCCACCGACCUUGCUUCUAGAGGUUUGGAUAUUAAAGGGGUCGAAUCUGUUAUCAACUACGAGGCGCCACAGUCGCACGAGAUCUACCUUCACAGAGUUGGCCGUACUGCCCGUGCCGGGCGCAGUGGUCGUGCAUGCACAAUUGCGGCAGAGCCGGACCGCAAGAUUGUCAAAGCCGCUGUCAAAGCCGGGCGGGCUCAAGGAGCGAAGAUCGUCAGUCGCAUCGUGGACCCCAACGUAGCAGACGAAUGGGCGAUCAAAGUAGAAGAAAUGCAGUCUGAAAUCGAAGAUAUUCUCAAGGAAGAGAAGGCGGAGAAGCACUUAGCUCAAGCAGAAAUGCAGGUCACCCGCGGACACAAUCUCAUCAAACACGAGGAUGAGAUCAUGUCGCGUCCGAAACGGACAUGGUUCGAGACGGAACGAGAAAAGAAGGAAGCGAAAAACCGGGCACUAAGCGAGCUGAACGGGCCCGGCUCGGUUUUAAAGAAGGAGAAGCGGAAGCUAAGCGGCAAGGAGAAGAAGAAGCUUGACGAUACCCGGUUACGCGAGGAGGGCAAGGUAUGGAAAAAGGGCAAAAAGGAGCGGGAGAGCAAGGGGGGACUGCAGGGCCAGAGCAAAGGGAAAGCAAAGAAGCACAAGACCAGGGGCAAGCCUGCAGGGAGAGCAAGCAAGUAG